UGUGAGAAUUAAUAAUCUGUUGUUUGUGUGAGUUUUUCUUUUGCGCAAUGCGCAUUUCCUGCGAGAAUGUUCUCGAUUUAUGAGGUUUGGACACGUGCAUGAGUCCACGACUCCAAAAUCUGUAAUUACUAACGUUUUAUAGUCCCGACUUAAGGUAAGUAAAUGCAUUUACAUGAGUAGGACUUUUCUUUGUUGAAACCUAUAUAGUUAAAAAAAUCGGGAUGCGAUUUAUUAACAGUUGCCACGCGAGUAACCUUACUAACUUCGACGACCAUCGAUGAUAACCUACUGCCGAACGUAAAGAUUUUUAUGCGUUUAAUGUUAGCUUGUGUUAUUUGCAACGUGUAAUGAUGGCGGGUCCGUUAACUACGGAAGAUUUUAAUGACUGUAACAGAAUCUGAAAAUGAAUAAUUAUAAAAUGAAAGCUCAGUUGUGCUUAUUGUCGUGGCUUUUUAUCAAAAGCCACACUAUUGCGUUAUUUCCUUCUUUCCUUUUUUCACUAUAACAGCUUAUGUUUUUAUACCUCAAAACCCGACAUCAGGACUUUGUUCACUUAAAGUUAGCGGUCUGAAUUCCCGUAGUAGCUGCGGUGACCGACUCAAGCUUUUUAGGCACCAUACCAAAGUUGCGAACAGAGACUGGAAGCAGAUGAUUACAUAGUGGAUUGGGCAAUAAGAGCGUACAAGGCAGCAGCUUGUGGAUGAAGUGAAGAAGAAAAAUAUGAACCUGGACCUAGUCAACACCAAAAUGGACCUCACUUUUUCCCUGAGAAGAAAGGAGAUUGUCAUGGAUGAACCACUGGUCUCUGUAGUCCAACAGAGAUGGCCAGGCCUUUUCAUAGAGCAACAGGUAUAUGCAGAAUUUUAUCGCAUUACCCAGGUGCAAUUGAAAGAAACAUUUCUGACAUCCUUGGACGAGUAUUCGACAGCUCUGAUCAAAAUGUACAGAGCAAAUGGAGGCAAGACAGCACAUGAAUUGAAAUCACUUUUAGAAUUACUAGAUGAACAGACAAUGGAUGUUACCACACACAAGAGGGCAACGGUUCUACAAGGACUACCUCUGUACUUAAGAGAAUACAAGAAGUUAUCAACAACAUGUCAUGAUACAGACUCCCUUCAAAUAUAUACAAAUGAAAUGAAGAUAGGAAUAUUGGAGGUUGUGAGGCACCAUGAGACCCAUCCGGGAGCUGCACCAAUGAAUGUGGCUGUGGUGAUAGAAGGUCAAGUAGUAAUUGAAGAGCUUGUUGACUUCACAACUGCAUUUGUCAUACUUGUUGGUCUUCUGUAUGCUCUAAACAUUCAAUACCCAAAAGAACUGAAAUACACUUUUGAAACGGUGCAGAAGGUGUUUCUAAAUAUUGGAGACUCAUACUCACAUAGAGUAUUGUCACUCAAAAUAUGCUGCAAAUGUUAG